GAGAUAAGUAUCUGCGUUGUUCGCCAUUUCGUGGAAUUUUAUGUGUCGGUGCUUAAGUUUGCUGAAAUUUCCAUAGGCAUCAUAUUAGUGCUAAAACAGUGUUACCUUCUAAGCAUUUAGAAACCCUGGUUUGAGCUAUUUUGUGUGCUUGAAAACAUAAAUUGAAUUGGAGAAUUAUGUCUCGGUAUUCGCGACCACCGAAUUCGUCGCUCUUUGUGCGUAAUGUUCCGGACAGUGCUAGACCUGAAGAGUUACGAAGAUUAUUUGGAAAGUAUGGUCCUAUUACCGAUGUGUAUAUACCACUUGAUUAUUACAGUCGACGACCUCGUGGAUUUGCGUACGUGCAAUUUGAAGAUAUUCGCGAUGCCGAAGAAGCUUUGAAUGAACUAGAUCGAAUUCGAUUUUUUGGACGCGAGCUUGAAAUUGAAUUUGCUCAAGGUGAUAGAAAAACGCCUCAAGAAAUGCGUGGUAAAGAAAGGAAAGGACGCCGAUCGCCAUAUCGAGGUGGUUCUAGCCGUUAUGAUGAUUAUCGUAGAAGAGGUAGAUCAAGAAGCAGAUCUCCGUAUUAUCGUGAUCGUAGCCCUGGAUACCGUAAGAAAAGGUUUUCUGGCAGUCGUUCGCGUUCACGAUCACGUUCUCGUUCAAAGGAGAGGUAUCAUCGAAGUGCCAGCCCUCACAGCGACGCUUGAUUUGUGGUCUUCCAAAUGCCGAAAUGAACAUUUAGAAUUUCACCUGCUUAUUUUGACUUUUUAUUUUUGUUCUUAAUUAAUGUCCAUGUGUAUACUCAUCUUAAUUUCAUUUGAUUCAUUAAGCUUGUAGUUGGUUGGUCAUUAAAAUGUUAAAUCAGUA